UCUACGCCCUUGUCGUAUCCUGCCCACCUGCUUCCUGUUAUUUUCUAUUGGUUGUUCCGCAGGAAGCCCGCCCUUGAGGGUGGUGAAACCCACUGGACAUCGUGCAGCAGCCAAUCAGGAGAAGCAGUUUUCAGUUUUGUCCAAUGGGGUAGGGUUUGGCUUAAGGCCCGCGGAUUUUAAUUUUCCGUCCUGGAAUGCGGAAGCCAUGAGCUAGGCUGGUAGAGUCUGCUCCGGACUUGUUACUGUACCUUCUUCUGAGUCACUCAGGCUGAGUGCAGUGCUACAGGUUGGCGCUCCGGGCAGACAGGUCCUUCGCUUGGGCGGUAGUUACUGCCUGUAGCCUUACAGCCCGAGGUGCGCAGGCGGCGCGGGGUUGAAAUCUGCGCUUCCUCAGCCCUCGCGCACGCUGGAAUUCUCCACCGGAGGGUGGUUCGGAGACCCACUUCUGUAACGCCCUCCACUUCGUGAUCCGGUGGUUGCCUGAGGAUUUGUUCUGGAGAAAGGUACGAAGAAACUGAUGAUAUUUCUCUAAAUUUGCGUUCUCAAUGUCUCUCCUGUUGAAUAUCUUACGAGAAACGCUAGCGUAUUUUGGUGUGCCCAUAGACCAGAUAUUGCUGAUUUGGAAAAGUAAGGACUAUGGAUCAUAUCGGAGUAUUGUGCGUAUUAUUGGGAAAAUGCUUCCUUUAGAACCCUGUCGAAGACCUAAUUUUGAGUUGAUCCUGCCCUUGAACUCUGUAGAGUCUGAUAAUUGUGGCUCUAUAGUUCCAUCUUUUGCUGAUGUUUUGUCUGUGGCAAAUGAUGAAGAAGCCAGUUGUCUUAGAUUUCGAAGUUGCAUAUGGAAAAAUGAAGAAGAGAAAAUUAAAACUUUCCAUCCUUUGCAAGCAGCUUGGGAUCCACUGUCAUCUGCUCGAAGACAGAACAAACCAGUGAAAAACGAUCUGCCUGUAGAUGAGGCUGCAAUGAAGAAAAUAGCUGCCCUCGAGAAUGAGCUCAGUCUUCUGCGCUCUCAGAUUGCUGCAGUUGUGGAAAUGCAGCACGGGAGGAAAGGCCCAAAGGCUGGCUCCUUGGGUUUGAACGAUGUGCCCAGUGGUAUGGGACAAAUUUCACCAUCAGACUCCACUCAGCUAUGUGUAGAACCAAGUCCAAGCUCAGCGCCUGCUGCUCCUCCUCCACCGCCACUUCCUCCUCAGUUUCUUCCUCUCCAGCCUUCAUGUUUUCUUCCCUUACAACAAGAAUCUACAGUUUGUCACUCAGAUAAUCCAGCUACCAAAAUGAAAAAGCAGCACUCAGGUGCUAGGAAGAUGAAUUAUAGUCUUCAUUCAAAAAGCCAGAGAAAUAAAGAUGUUCCAAAUAUGUUAGAUGUUCUGAAGGAUCUGAAUAAAGUUAAACUUCGUGCUAUUCAGCGGUCACCUGGCGGUAGACCUGUUCACAAGAGGAAAAGGCAGAGUGCUCUUUGGGAUCCUGUGUCUGUAAUAUCACAGGCACUUAAGAAGAAAUUUGCAUUUCAAGAAGAAGAUUCCUCUGACAAAGAAAACAGAUCAUGGGAGUCUUCUCCAUUUUCUAGCCCAGAAACUUCCAGGUUUGGACAUCAUAUCCCGCAGGCAGAGGGGCAGUAAUGUAAGUGGAGAACUGAAAAGCACAAAAGCUGUUGGCCAAGGUUGCAAAAGCCGUAUCUACGCUUGGAAGGAAAGAUGCACACAUGUGCUGACCUGUCUCUCGCUGCCUUUCCAAGGGACCCUGUCUUCUCUGAAGGCUGCUGUGGGCCAGAGAGGUCCGUGGCCAGCUCUAGGGAGACUCUUAAGAAUACCAGGUUUUGAUUUGGAAAGAUCCACCAGGUAAUUGGCUGCUGAGAAGAGUUAGGGGAUGGAUCCCCCUCAUCUGUUAGUAUCCCUGAAAGCUUGCGUAUGUACUUCAGUGAUUUUUCUGGGGCAAUUAUGCCUUCCUAAUUUAAGAAUCUUUAAACCUUUUAAAUGCCUAUUUGGCCUGCAGUAACUUACAGUUUUUCAAGUAGGAUGAGUAUAAUUUUUCAUUAUAAUUUAUAGUGAAAGGUUAUAAUUUUUCUAUCCUCAGUCCCUGUUGUAAUCAUCUGUGGUUGAGCAUGCUAAAGCUUGUUCCUGAGGUCUUAGAAUUGGAGUCCAAGGUGCUGUAAAGG